AUGGAAAAUGUGCAAGCUAUGGAAGGGGCACAUGAAUCUAAAGCUCCCAAUACCACCACCAUCCCAGCAGCACCUACUGAACCUAGAGCUUCCCAAGCUGAAGAUGCUCCACCUCCUAAACGAAAAAGAAGUGCAACAUCUGAAAUGUGGAAUCAUUAUGAAAAAUUUAUAAAUAAAAAAGAAAAUCAUAAAGGGGACACCAUUGGCAAUGAAAUUGAGGGAUGCUUAUUCUAUUGGGGUAUUGAGAAAGUAUUUGCAAUUACAGUUGAUAAUACUUCUUCUAAUGAUUCUGCCAUUGUAUUUUUAAAGAAGCGUUUAAAGGAUUUGGGAGAAGGCCUUAAAGAUAUGAAUCAAUCUAUUAAACUUAUUCGGCAUGCAAUCAAGUUUGUUAGAUCUUCUCCUAGUAGGCUUAAAAAAUUCAAGGAGCUUGUUGAAAAAUUGAGAAUUGAUUCAAAGAAUCUUCUUACCAUGGAUUGUCCCACUAGGUGGAAUUCAACAUAUAUCAUGUUGCAGAAUGCCAUUAAGUUCACUAAGGUCUUUGAUAGAAUGGAGGAUGAAGAUCAAGAUUAUAAGAACUACUUCAAAAGGAAAGUUAAACUGUCUUCUAGCUCAAGCUUUGUUGAUAGGAUGGAAGAGGAGGAUGAAGAUGAGCUUGGUGAUCAUGAUGGUGAUGAAGGUACAGUUAAACCUCCUAAUGCUUAUGAUUGGAGUGUGGCAAAGGAAUUUCUUACCUUUUUGGAGUUGUUCUAUACUAUGACUCUUCAAUUUUCUGGAUCAAAUUAUGUCACAUCAAACACAUGCUUUCAAAAUAUAGUUGCAAUCAAAACGCAAUUAGAUUCAAUUGCAGUUGAAUCUAAUUCUUUAUUGAGUGACAUGGCAGAAAGGAUGCAAAGUAAGUAUGACAAGUACUGGAGAAAGGCAGAAAACAUGAAUCCAUUAUUAGUAAUAGCUGUGAUUCUUGAUCCUAGAUACAAAUUUUUUUAUGUUGAAGUUGCUUUUAAACAUUUUAUUGGUGAUUACAUGAACAGGGAAAUGAUGAAAAAGAAGAAUAUGGGGUUUUUGCAUCGCUUGUUUGAUGAGUACUCUACAACUCUUACAGCCAGUGGUAGUGAACCAUCUGAAACUGGUAUAGAGAUGGGGGAGAGUAGUGCUAGUGGUGGAGGGAAGCAAGUUCCUCUAUCUUCUAAAAAAAUUAUUGAUGUGGCAAUACAAGAUUUUUUAGCCACUGCAAUGAGUAAGCGUCCAAAGAAACCAAUUUCAGAGGUGGAAUAG